CCGCCUCAGCUCCGGGAAGCUGCAGGACCUGGGGGUGGUGGAAGGCAGCAAACUGACGCUGGUGCCCACCGUGGAGGCCGGCCUGAUGAUUAAGAGCGGGGAGAACGCGGCCAACAUCGCGAGCGAGCUGGCUCGGCACACGCGGGGCCCGGUGUACGCCGGCGACGUCAGCUCGGCCGUGCGGCUCCUGGAGCAGCUGCUGGACAUCCUGGACGCGCAGCUGCAGGCGCUGCGCCCGCUGGAGCGCGAGUCCGCCGGCAAGAACUACAACAAGAUGCACAAGCGGGAGCGCACCUGCAAGGAUUACAUCAAGGUGAGUGCGCAGGGGCGGGGCCUGGGGGCAGUGGGCGGAGCCUUUAGUGGGCGGGGCUUCACAGAGGGGCGGGGCCUGGGGGGCA